GGAUUGAGCCCAUGACGAGCAUAUUGUUAAGUUGUGCAAGUUGAUGACUGUAUCACGAGAGCGGCCUAAAACUGUUACAGGCUACUGUAACGUAAAACAGCUUGAAUUGGAUUGAUGAACAAUGCGACAAAGACAAAAUACCGGUAAGCUGAGGACCCUAUCAGUGGUAGAACAUCCACCAGAGAAUCCAGAGUGUGUAUUAAUCGAAGAUAAUAAUUUAAAAGGUCCAGAGGUCCUCUCGCGGUGGGCUCAGUACUUUGAUCAAUUACUCAACGACCAUUUUAACGAGCAGCUAGAGGCUCCACUAGCAGAUAGUGUCAUGCUACCUAGCAUCGACGAAACCCAAAAAGCUAUACGUCGGUUGAAAAAUAACAAGUCACCCGGAACCGACGGAAUGGCAGUUGCACGAUUAGAAAACAAAACUCAUCAAAUUAUUACUGAGGUGUGGUAUAGCGAAUCUCGAUGCCUUGUAAUUGGAAUCUCGGCAUCAUCUACCUCAUAUACAAGAAUGAACCUUCAAGAUAUACUUGUCCCGCACGUUUAAAAGGUAUUCGGAAACCAUCAAAGAGGAUUCCGAAACGAAAAAUCAACCACUGAUCAGAUCUUCAUGCGGCAGAUCUUGUAGAUGAUAGAAUAUAGAUACAAAACGAACCAUCUCUUCAUUGACUUCUAAGCUGCAUACAAUAGCAUAGCCAGGGUACGUCAGGGUACCAACGUCACUUUCCAGAUUCCAAUCUAUGCUAGACGUUUCAAUAAUGCCUUAUUUUCUGUAUUCUACGACUUAUUGAAAGCAUCGCUCACAAUAUCUACAUUUACGGCAGAAAAACCGGUCUAGGCGAUCCGUGCGAUCCAGUGACACUGAAUUUCCUUCGGAUGAAUAACUUACUACUGUUGUUAUUUUUCAUAGUUUUACCAAUAGUGCUCUGUAACUUACCCUGGGUAGCUUGGCAACACGGACGGCCACCCUUUGUUUAUCUAUCUACAUAUCGAAUAGCUUUACUGCGACUGGUUUGCAUUUCGAUAUACGGUUUUGUAAACGGUCUGCGGUAUCUAUGCAUGCGCUGAUAUUCAACAAAUUACGCUGUCAUGUUGCUAUGGAAUCCGAUUUCGCUCGUAGCCAUCCAUUUGUAGAAUUCUCAUCAGACCGUACGUGGCCGGUAUGCUCGGUAAACGUUCUCAGUCUGGCGGGUGCAGCUCACCGAGCACGCAACAAUGAGCGACGGCAUUAGGAGGACACGAAGCGUUCAGCUGAAGUAUCUUGCUACGCUGCACCAGAUCGGUAAACCGCUGGAGGAACCGAUCAUCGGUAGACACUUCAAGCUGCCGGAACGGCCACGGCCGGCUGAGCAUCCCGUUUUCGAUAUGUCACUGCUAUAUAUCCCAAUCUACUGUCACCUGGUUCUGCACCCACCGGAAGAGAUUGCACGUCCCGCGACACCGGAGUUGAUUACACGGGCGCGUAUGGAGAAGACGCUGGAAAACUGGCUAGACUGAGAGUGGAUUUUUCCCAGCUU